CCAGUCUUUAAGUAGAAAGCUUUAUGUGACUGUAAUGCUAUAAAAACACAGGACAGCUCUACUAAUCACAAAUAUGUCAGCUAGCUAGCAAAUAAACUAACAAACAACCGGUUAGAAGUGGAUCUAAUCGGUUCACGUCGACACAGAAGAGGGUGUUUAUCGGCGCGUUUAGAUUAGCUAGCUAAAUGAGUACAUUGCGAUUUGUUAUUUUACAUUUUGUGCAUUUUUAAUGCGUUAAAAUAUUCCUCUGUGUGUCCAAAGCGAUAAAAACACAGUAACUGUGUCAUGGUGGAGGACGGAGAGCUUCAGGACAUUAAGUACUUUCCCAGAGUCCCAUUCCUCCUCAGUGUUUACUAAAGAGUUACAAACCUAUACUACACAAAUAUAUAUAUUUUUAAUUUAAACAAUCAUGGCUGCUGCAUUGUUCAGAAGAGGAACAGGAUUAUGUUGUAUUCACAGGGAGUUGUGCAGAGUGGUAUGGAGGCCGCUAACAGCACUGUUCAGCUCCAAACCAUCAGACAGAAAUCCACCACGCAGGACACACAUCAAGAAGGCCAAGCCCCAGCCUGCGGUGGAUGUCACUCAACUCCUGGAGCAACUCUUCUCCCAGCGCAGGCCGGGCUCAGCGCCUCCUGCCGCUAAAGCUCGACCUACCAAACCUCCUGCCUCCUCCUCAAAUGCUCCUCUUUUGUCAAAGACAGAAGCAGCAGCGUCUGUCUUUCCCGCUGCUUCUAGUUUCAAAGUUGCUGCUGAUAAUCUUUCCAAUGUGACUGUUCGUACAACCUCAGGUUCCUCUCCAACCAGCACCACAGCUGCAUCAUCAGCAUCACAAGCAGCCGCGAUGGAAAGCCAAACCUCGACUGAAACAUUAGAAACCAAAGUAGAAACGGCGAAAGCACUGCCUUCCUCAGCACCAGCUCACGUGGUGGAGGAGGAUGCAGAGACUUCAUCUUUUCCAGCUGCUACAGUAGAACCCACAAUAGAAACUACAGUCGAUUCACUAGCAGAGCCUAAACUUCCUCCUGUGGAAACACUAGAAGCUGCUGUUGUUGAAGGUCCAGUAGAGCCGACUGUAAAUUCUCCAGCUGAAGAAAUACAAACAAAAGACACAGACUCCGGAGUCUCAUACGGUGCCAAAGAAGAAGCUUCAAUUCAUGUGGAAACACUAGAAACUGAAGCUGCUGUCGUUGUGGGUCCAGUAGAGCCAACGAUAGACGAAACCAAAAGCACAGACUGGAGUCCUGUUAGCCUCUCGCACACUGCAGAAGAAGAAGCUUUGAUAGAAACAGUAGAACCAGCAGUAGAAGCCAGACAUAUUCAUGUGGAAACACUAGAGAGUAGAGCUGCUGCUGUUGCUGAGGGUCCAGUAGAGCCACCGAUAGACGAUGUAGCUGCUCAGAAAGUACGAACCAAAAGCACAGACUCAGCUGUGGUUGACAUUUCACACACUACAAAAGUAGAACCCAUAAUAGAAACUACAGUAGAGGCCAGCACCUGUCCUGUGGAAACACUGGAGAGUAGAGCUGCUGUUGUUGAGGGUCCAGUAGAUGUUUCAGCUCAGAAAGUACAAACCAACAGCACAGACUGGAGUCCUGUUAGCCUCUCGCACACUGCAGAAGAAGAACUUUUGAUAGAAACAGUAGAACCAGCAGUAGAAGCCAGACAUUUCCCUGUGGAAACACUAGAGAGUAGAGCUGCUGCUGUUGUUGCUGAGGGUCCAGUAGAAGCUACGAUAGACGAUGUAGCAGCUCAGAAAGUAGAAACCAAAAGCACAGACUGGAGUCCUGUUAACCUCUCGGCUGAAGAAGAACCUCUAGUAGAAACUACAGUAGAGACCAGCACCUCUCCUGUUUCUGAAGCUUCAAUAGAAACUGCCUUAAUCCAAAAUGCACAAGAAUCUGCACCUUUGCCUUUAAACAAUGAAUCCACAGAAUCAUGUUUAGUGAAUGUUGCUGUGGAGGAGAGCGUGAGCAAGUGUGAAGACAGGACUUUAGAGUCUGUGACGCUCCAUGUAGAUGAGGCGCUGGUAGCAUCUUUAAACACAGACGAGCUCCUCCGAACAUCUGUCCUCAAGGAACAAGCACAAAAGCAGCUCCAGGACUUGUUGGUCCAGACGGGGUUGGGAGCAGAAAACAAAGCUGCUGAAACUGAGGAUUCAUGCGAAGAUGAGCGGGAGGUUUUGACUAAAGUUCUUUCAAAAUGGGACUCUGUGUCUGAGGAUCUUCAUGAGCUAGAAGGAGGAAGUGAGCUCCUCUCUCAUGUUCCUGCAGUGCUUUCCAGAAGCCCUGGCCGAGGAGCAGCUGCAGAGCAGACGGACGAAGAAGCCGUGACACUGGAAUCGAUAACUUUAUUAAAAGUGAAGGCGGAAGCUCUUGAAAGCGAAGUUCUGCGAGAAAUGAGGAAUACACUCGAGAAAGAAGCUGAAGAAGAGUCUGGAGAGAAGAGGAGGGAGGUGGAGGAUAUGGUGGCGUCUGAAGAGACGACUGAGGCUCAGGUGACGGAGUCUCUGCCUGAAGAGCUGCAGACAGACACCCUGAUGGAGGAGCUGCUGGUUACAGAAGGCCCAGCUGGUCCGGAGGUCGGAGGGGAUGUGUGGGAUGAUUUAGAUCCAGUUCAGAGACUCUUCCUGGAGAAGAUAAAAGAAUACAACAUGCGCAGGUUGGAUGGAGGACUGUCGGAGGUGGAGCCAGAAUAUGAAAAACGCCUUUCAGAGGAAACGGCAAAGCUGCAGAGACUUUAUGGAGGAGGAGACGUGAGCAGCUUCCCUCAGUUCACCUUCAGCGCGCCUGAAAUGGACCAGGACUCCAAAUGAUCCAUGACGUCUAACUCCUACGCUUUAUGCUCUUUCUCUGACAUCUCUCUGACUUCCUCCUCCAUUACCUCCUCAUUUCAAUGUUACUACAUGGGAGAAUAGAAAGAGGGAGAGAAGAAGAAGUGUGUUUGUGUGAUCUGCCAUCAAUAAAAGGGAAAAUGUAUUCCUGGCUGUUUGUUUGUACUGUGCAAUAAUGAUAGUAACAAAUUAUAUAUUAAUAUUAUAUUUUAUUAAAGCAGCAUUUUCAAAAGCG